AUGGAAACCGUGACGAGCCAUGCAGACGACGACGAUCUCAGCCAAACUCUCCUCCCAGAAAAAGAAACAUUUGCCAGAAAGCUCUGGGUUGAAACCCAGAAACUAUGGGUCAUCGUGGGCCCUUCUAUCUUCGCUCGCAUUUCCUCUUUCACCAUGAACGUCGUAACCCAAGCCUUCGCCGGUCACCUGGGCGAGGUUCCUCUUGCCGCCAUGUCCAUCGCCAACACUGUCAUCGUCGGCUUCAACUUCGGCCUCCUCCUGGGAAUGGCAAGCGCGUUGGAGACGCUGUGCGGGCAGGCGUUCGGGGCAGGGAGGCAUCGCAUGCUGGGAAUAUUCAUGCAAAGGUCAUGGAUUGUUCUGUUCCUGUGCUGUUUUUUGCUGCUGCCCGUGUACGUGUUCGCUGCUCCGAUAUUGAAACUGUUAGGACAAUCAGAAGAGGUGGCAGAGGAGUCCGGGAUUGUGGCACUGUGGCUGAUACCCCUUCACUUCAGCUUUGCGUUUCAGUUCCCUUUGCAGAGGUUUCUGCAGAGCCAGCUGAAGGCAGGAGUAGUGGCAUGGGUUUCCUUGGUGGGUUUAGUGGUUAAUGUGGUAACAAGUUGGCUCUUUGUGUAUGUGCUGGACUUUGGGGUGGUUGGUGCGGCCAUAGCUCUGGACAUAUCGUGGUGGGUUUUGGUGUUUGGGAUGUACGGUUACGUGGUUUGUGGGGGAUGUCCUUUGACUUGGACUGGUUAUUCCAUUGAAGCCUUUUCGGGACUCUGGGAAUACCUCAAACUCUCUGUUGCUUCUGGGGUCAUGCUCUGCUUAGAGAACUGGUACUACAGGAUACUCAUACUGAUGACUGGAUAUCUGAAGAAUGCUACAAUUGCUGUGGAUGCCUUGUCCAUAUGCAUGACCAUCAACGGAUGGGAACUCAUGAUUCCUCUGGCUUUCUUCGCCGGUGCUGGGGUGAGGGUGGCGAACGAGCUGGGAAGUGGGAAUGGAAAAGCGGCAAAAUUUGCGAUGCAGGUGUCAGUGACAGAGUCAUCGGUGAUCGGGCUUUUCUUCUGCGUCAUAAUAAUUGUAUUCCACCAUCAACUCGCCUCCAUCUUCACCUCCGUUUCUGAUGUGCUUCAGGCCGUCGACCACAUUGCUUACCUCUUAGCCAUCACCAUUCUCCUCAACAGUGUUCAGCCCGUCUUGUCUGGAGUGGCAGUGGGUUCGGGGUGGCAGGCCACGGUAGCAUAUGUAAACGUAGGAUGCUACUACGUUAUUGGGCUCCCACUUGGAUUCUUGUUGGGCUGGGCCUUCAAAUUGGGUGUUCAGGGUAUAUGGGGCGGCAUGAUCUUUGGGGGAACCGCCAUUCAAACCCUCGUACUCUUCAUCAUCACCGCACGAUGCGACUGGGAUAAAGAGGCCGAUAAAGCUAAUGCUCGAGUUAACAAGUGGUCAAGCUCUAGUCCACGCUGAUAAUCAAUUACAAUCUCAUUUUAACGCCAUGUUCCCUCCAUUCCUCCAACAUUGUAAUUCAAAGUUGCCAUUGUUCAUUUGCCUCCGAUGCGGAUUGCUUUUCAUUAGUUUGCUGUUCAUUAUUUAUUUCCCGAUCGUGGCUUACGUGGGAAUUGCGAGAACAAAAUCAACGAUAAUGAAAGUCCCUGAUUGCAAAAUUUAUGACGUGCCGGGAACUGCCCCAAGUAUCACAGUAUACUGCUGCGUCCGAUUAAUUAUCAAAUUUUUAAUGGUCAGCCAACUCUAAUCAAAAGACUCAUUACCAUUUCA